AUGGUUUCCGCUAACGUCGACCUCUCCAGCCAGGAUUGCUUCUCAGCCCUUAACCAGCCCUUUGAGGCGGCCUUCGACACACCGGACCGCCUUCGGCAGCGUGCGGGAAAUGUUCCACCUAGUCGCGUUUGUGUGGCUACUCAGUGGCCCCAGGAACUGGUUCAUCUUCUUCGAAUAAAUGAACAGUACUCAGAUAGGGUAAGCAGUUUUUUAAAGAAUGGUCUCAAUACUCAUUUUUCGUGGUCUCGAAUUGGGAUAAGGUAA